AUGGAAGCUGCUGGACUUGCCGUCGGCAUUGCCACCCUAUACUCAACAUGUCGAGAUUGUUACAACUUUUUCACCACUGUCAACGCGGCCGACAAAGAGGUUUCGGUUCACCUUCGUCAGACCAGACAGAACCAAACCAAGCUUCACAACUACCUAUUGAAGAACCGCUUCAAAGCCGAGGGCGUCUUCAACAUCCUCUCCGCCCUUGCCGACACACUGUCAAACCAAGAGGAACUUGUCAGAGGAUAUGAAAUCCAGUUUCGGUCAACGCAAGCAAUUCAGGAUGGAUCCCAGUUGGCCAGCAAUGUCCAGUUAGCCAUUCAGGACACGACAAUCGAGGACAUCAAGCCUGUGAUCACUGAGUUUAAGCAACGUCUCUCGAAACUCAACAAGUUUAAGUGGGCUCUGAGAGAUAAGAAUGACUUCAGAAAACUCAUUUCCGACUUGAAAUCCCACAGCGAAUCCCUCUACUGCCUUUGCCCGGAAAACGCCUUUGAGUCGAUGAAUGUCUACUUUUACCAUGGAUUGUUUGGCUGUCCAGGAGUCACCGAGAUCGACAAGGGGUCUUCGGUGCGGCCGGACUACGAACUGCUGGCUUCAGCGGCUACAUUGAAGGCAUCUGUAAACGAAAACAGGGACAAGGUACGGACAGAUGACGGCAAGCUCACCACUAUCGGCGAGGAGGAACCCGAGAUGAAGUUUUUGGGGAAGGGUCUUGCUCUGUUUGAAGGUGAAGUUGUCUAUGUGGAAAUGCGAGACUAUCGCGGACCGCCACUAGACCUCACACCGGAACAGAAACGGAAGACCAAGCGCCGUCGGAUUCUGAUUCGAAACUUUUGCAACACAUUUUGGGGCAACAAUACAAUGAAAAGUGUCUAUGGGCUUAACGUUGCUGGCAUGAUUGAUCAUACGGAAGGGGACCAUGAAGGCCAUUGCAGCAUCCUCUAUAGGCUCCCGAGCAUGAUAGGCAUUCACAAUCGGCAGCGGCCAGCGGAGAAUCUGAAGCUCCGUGCACCUGUUCGACUAAAAUCCCUUCUUGGGACCAGGAAAAUGGAUGGCAUCCGGUCAAUACUGGGUUCGUGUUUUGAGCUUGCCAGAAGUCUCGUGCGUGCCGUCUGCAUGCUUCACUCAAGCGGGUGGCUACACAAGAACAUACGUGCAGAGUCUGUCAUGUUCUUUCCGAAACAUGUGAGCACGCUCCAAGAGGACCGCUAUGAAAUCAAAACUGAAAUAAAUGUUUCGAAGCCCAUCCUGAUGGGCUAUAUUUUUUCACGGCCAGACGACAUCAAGCAUGAAACGCGUAAACCCUCCUCUCAAAAGGAUGGACUUAGAAAGGCCCCAGUGGAUUCCCGUAAUAUACUAAAACAUCACACUACAUACACCUGGCGGGAUACCGAUGACUCCUCAAGCAAGGAUUCAGAGGAAAAGCAUGGAAGGGUAUUCCCCCGGCCAGCUAGUAUAUAUGGCCGCGAUAUACUGAACAAGACCAAAGAACCGGAACAAACAAAAGAUCUAAACAUUGCUGGCUUUACACUCGACUAUUAUCAGCACCCGGCAAAGCACGCAGAUCCGCAGCGGCGGUAUCGCCAUGCAUAUGACGUGUACUCUCUUGGUAUACUGCUUCUCAAAGUUGGGUUCUGGGAGGAGUUGAAGAACUAUGAGGACUUCCGCUCUGGUUAUAACAAGAUUGCCGAUUACGACAAAGAGGAUCAUUAUGAACGACGCAGGUGGAUUUGUCGAGAGUACUUGAAUCGUCUUAGGUGGGCAUGUGGUGAUUUUUAUGCCGACGUUGUGCUCAGUUGUCUCAUGGUGGAUAGUAGCGAUGAUGAAGUAGCGAAGGAGAGCAAGCGGAAGCUUUGUGCGAGACUAGUUACGGACUUGGAAAACUGGCAAGCCUAG